CUAAUUCAGCACAGCUGUUAAAAGUCCCUAACUGUCAAUGUGAACGGUUUGCCGCAAAAUUUUAAUUGUCCUGGCCGCGGGCUCUAUUUCGACCUAAAUUGCAAAGUUUUGAAUCGUCCAGGGCGUUCCAAUUUAAUAUACAGUGAAGAUGGGACGGCGAAUCAGAAUGUCGGAUGUUCCACCGAGUAAUCCUUAUUUGAAUCCGACUUCGACCCUUGCUUACGGGAUCCUGGCUUCGACUUCCGCCUGGUCAUUGUACUGGGUGAAAGAUAAAGAUUACAGGCCGUGUUCCGUGGCCAUGUUCUCAUUAAUGUUGGCUCAUGCCAUGAUUGCAGUACUGAGAUACGGACAUCCUAACUCCGGAAAAGCAGUGCGAAUAAUUUACGAGAAAAUGACUAUGAUUUGCCAAUAUGUGAUGCUGCCAUUAGUUAAUAUGGACAUCUACCUAUCUACGAAAAUGCCAAGAGAAACGGCCUAUAUGCAUGUUAUAACAAUUGUGCUUCCAGCGUUGUCGCAUUUCAUGAAUGAGAGAGUUAACAUAUUGAUGGUGGACAUUUCUGCUAUUGCAAAUAUUGCUUCGUGCCUAUAUUUAGGGUAUCUGGAGGACAACCCGUGGGCGAUGGGAUUGGCCGCCGUGGCGGCAAUGAAUCACUUCAUUUACAGCAGGAUAGCAAAUCACGUAUCCGCCCCGAAACAAGAUCUACUGGCGGUCGGAUUAAGUUUCUUCAAUCUCUUCUCCGUUCAAACGCUAAACUCUAUUUCAUCGCAGAGGACUUUGGAGUUUUUCCCAGAAAGAAAAUGAAGACCGAUUGAUCGAUAAAGUCGCAAGUUAUCAAAUAUUAAUUAUACAAAGUAACUGAAAUGUUAUCAUCGAAACAUCAAACUUAUCCAGGGCAAGAGGAAAUAUAUGCGAAUUUUGUAAUGGGUGAAGCAGAGUCAGCUUCUGUUUGUACAGCGUGUAAGUAAAUUGUGCAAUUUUUCAUUGUAUUUUUCGAAAAAUUUACCUGUAAACCAAAUAAGAAUGUAUUUUUAAAUAGUUAUCAAUGAAAUUGUUUUUAUAUGUAUGUAUUUUAAUACGAAAAUUUAUCGUUGACAAUAUAAUUAAAAUUGAAACUAUA